AGUCUAGUAAAAUUUUUCAGUUUUGAGGUUAGAUGAACGAAGUAUGAGGUGUAUAUUUGAAUAUUUUUAUCAAAGGCGUAACAAGUGUAAAAAGUUUUUAUAAAUCUAUUUAGAUGAAUGAAAGUUAGAAAAACAGUAAUCUGCUUGCUUUUUUUAAACUAACUUUAUAACAUGCCAGUGUUAAAACAUGACAUCGAACUUCCAGCUUCAGUUCCUGAAUUGCUAUUGGAAAAACAUGCAAACUUUUUACUGUCUUACGGUACUGAUAAAGAUGAAUAUAUGUAUUGUAUGACAGAGCAUAUGAGAAUGUCUGGAAUGUAUUGGGGUUUGACAGCAUUGGAUCUUAUGGGUAAACUUGAACAGACAAAUCGUAACGAGGUAUUAGAAUUUAUUGCUCAAUGUCAAACAGAAAGUGGCGGUAUAGCUGCAAGUUUGCAACAUGAUCCACAUAUUCUUUACACUUUGAGUGCAGUACAAAUACUUUGCAUUUAUAAUGCAUUGGAUACCAUAGAUAUAGAAAAAGUUGUGAAAUAUGUGAAAGAAAGACAACAACCAGAUGGAAGUUUCACAGGUGAUAUAUGGGGUGAAGUCGAUAUGAGAUUUUCCUUCUGUGCUGUAGCAACUUUAUCACUUUUGAAUCGAUUGGAUGUGAUAGAUGUGGACAAGGCAGUUGAAUUCGUAAUGAAGUGCAUGAACUUUGAUGGUGGCUUUGGAUCAAAACCUGGAGCUGAAAGUCAUGCUGGUAUGAUUUACUGUUCUAUAGGGCUUUUAUCAAUAACUGGUAAUCUUCACUUAGUAGAUGCAGAUCAAUUAAGUUGGUGGCUUUGUGAAAGACAGCUUCCAUCUGGAGGUUUAAAUGGUAGACCAGAAAAACUACCUGAUGUUUGUUAUUCUUGGUGGGUCCUUUCUGCACUAACCAUUUUGGGACGCCUUCAUUGGGUUAAUAAGGAACAAUUGGUAAAAUUUGUACUAGCAUGUCAAGAUACAGAAUCAGGUGGAUUCAGUGAUCGUCCAGGAGAUAUUGCUGAUCCUUUUCAUACUCUUUUUGGCUUAACUGCACUCUCACUCUUAAAUACUGACUAUCCUCUAAAAAAGAUCAAUCCAACGUAUUGCAUGCCUGAAUAUGUAAUUCAAAGGUUACAUUUGAAACCUGCGAGGCUUGACCAAAGUAAUUGACAUUUGAUUACUGAAAACUAACUUUUUACUAAACCUGAAUAUUUAUGAAAUAAUGCAAAGAAAGAAAAUAUAACACGAAUCUUUUGCAUCAA